AUGAAAUCAAUGGAAAGAUUUGUCGUGCGGAUGCUGGCGAUGCUGAUAUACAUCCAGCUUAUACGUGGCGAUAUGGCUAAGAUGUCCAAAAAGUCGCAUGUGGAGGACUUUGAGGGCGUAACAGCGUUAUUCGAGGCCCUAACAUCGUCGCCAAACGACGGUUACACGUAUGACUGGCGUGUGCACACCUUUUCAAUAAGCAGCAACAACAUUGACGAGGAGCAUGUGAUGCGCAAUUGUACGGUUUUGUAUCUGGAUCAGUGCACAUCUUGGAAUAAGUGUAGACAAACUUGCCAAAAGACGGGUGCAGCCAGCUACAGGUGGUUUCAUGACGGAUGCUGCGAAUGUGUUGGUGGGCAUUGUUUGGGCUACGGCAUAAAUGAGAGCCGUUGUAGCAACUGCCCCGAACCUGGAUGUGAUAGUGACGAUUGA